AUGAAAUCUGUAUUUGUAUUAUUAUUUAUAGUAUUAUCAGUUUUAAUUAAUUUUACUACUGCCGUAAACAUUCCAGUAAAUGGAAAAUCAUUGGAAAUAAAAAAUAAAUUUGAAGAAUUUAUUUCAAAUGAUGUAAAAUCAGCUAAUGGUGGUACACACUGUGCUGCAUGUACAAUUGUAUUAAGUUUAGUUAACCAAUAUUCAGGUAUUCAUAAUAAAUCAAUUGAAGAUUCAUUAGAUGAAUUAUGUUCAUUUUUCCCAGAUGAAGCUGGUUCACUUUGUACAUGGUUAGUUAAUACUUAUGGUGAACAAAUCAUUUCAUACUUUGAUCAAUACCAAAAUGCUGAUGAUGUAUGUCAUGCAAUGAACGUUUGUACAUCACCAACUUGUAGAUUAUUCACAAGUGCACCAUCUAAAUUCUAUAAUCCAGAUCAUGUUCAUCAAGAAUAUAACAAAGAAGAUCCAAAAGUUGGAGGUAGUCCAUGGGCUUGGAUUCAAGAAUUAAUUAAAGUCUUUUCAUCUGAACAUUUACCAAUUCAAGAUUUUGAUGGUGAUCAUCAUUCACUUGAAGCAACUUUUAGAGGUUAUAAUUGGAGAGGUAAAGAUUGUAAUGAUUUUGAUAAAUCAUCAUAUCCAGGUACAAUUGAAGGUACAGGUGAUGCAAGUGUUGAUAAGAAUUGUAAUGGUAUUUUUGGUGUCAAUAAUCAAUCACAAUCAUAUGAAGAAUUAUUUUGUUCCAACUCUGGUGCAAUGGGUGUAAUUGUUUCUGGUGAUUCAGCAGGUGCACAUUUCUCAAUUCCACCACAAUGGAUGACAGCAAGAGAUAUUAAUUCCACCACUUACAAAGGAAUGAUUGACAUUUUAGAGACUGAAGUCGAUUGGCCAAUGAGAUCAUGUUACACUGGUUGGGAUACAUCUGCACCAAACGUAGAUUCAAUGUAUCUCAGAAUGAGAGAAAGAAAUUUAUGUAAUCAUAGAGAUUACCAAAAUUUAGGUGUAAAUGGUGCUAGCUCAUCAAGUACAAGAACCAUCAUUCAAACCAUUAACCGUAACCAAAACACUGAUAAACCAGUUUUAUUAUUCCUCGAACUCAUUGGUAACGAUGUUUGUAGUGGUCAUCAUGAUUAUGAUUCAAUGACUACCGUAGAAGAAUUUGGUGAAAACAUUUUAACAAUCUUAAAUUAUUUAGAAACAACUUUACCAAAAGGUUCACAUGUCGUUUUUGUUGGUUUAGCUGAUGGUAGAGUACUUUGGGAUAGUUUAUGGAAUAGAACACAUCCACUCGGUUGUACAUAUGAAGAGGUUUAUGAUUUCUUAAAUUGUAUUCAAGUAAGUCCAUGUUGGGGUUGGAUGAAUCCAAAUGAAACAGUUCGUGAUUAUACCAGUAAUCGUGCUGCUCAAUUAUCUCUCGUUUAUAAUCAACUCAUUAAAAAUUAUACUUUUAAUAAUUUCGAUAUGAUUUAUUACGAUUUCCCAUUCGCAACUAUUAAUGAAAUGUGGGUUGCUCAAGGUGGUCAAACUUAUGAUCUUAUUGAACCAAUUGAUGGUUUCCAUCCAAACCAAAUUGCAAAUUACUUAAUGGCCGGAGUUUUCUAUAACCAAAUCGCUCAAGAUAAACCAGAAUGGUUAGGUGAAAUUAAUCAAUACAAUACUCAAAUUCAAUCAAUUUUCGGUAACCAAGGUGGAUAUGUUUAA